AUGAGUGUUUGAAGGUUAUUUUGUUUACAAUUGAUGCUGCAUAUUUUUAUGAUGAAAAAAUACUAUUAUAAGGAGUGAGACAAUGUUUUCAACAAAAAAACGUUUAAUUGAACGUACUGGAUAUAAUAACAUUGGACGAUAUGAUUAUUUAAAGUUGUUAGCUACCGAAUUUAAGACCACGAAAUCCAGAGAGGCAAAGAAACAAACUUUAGCCAACUUGGCAAAUUUUGCGUAUGAUCCAAUUAAUUACGAUUACAUUAGAGAGCUGAGAAUACUUGAUCUUUUUCUCCACAUACUUUCAGAGCCCGAUAAAAUUCUUGUCAGAUAUGCCAUUGGCGGAAUAUGUAAUUUAUGCUUAGACCCGCUGAAUAAAGCAUAUAUCUUGCGAAACCAGGGCAGACAGUUGAUAUUACCCCUUAUUUUCUCUAAUGACGAAGAAUCUGUGCUUUCUGCUCUAACGACUUUGAUGUUUUUAAUUACGAAUAGUUCAAAAGCUUCAAUUGUCACACCUGAUUUAAUCAAUCGAUUAACUGAGCUAUCUAAUUCGUCUAAUAAGCGUAUCAAAAAUUUAGUAACUAUAUUUGUAACUGAUUACUGCGAUAAACCAGAAAGUACUCUUCAAAAUACUGAAGAGUCGUCAUCAACUGAUACGUCUGAAAUUGUUUCGUAAUUAAUCAUCUACGAUGAACUAUUUAAAAGACAUAA